CGGCUCCGGCCAUCAAAAGGUACGUUUGCCCGGCCACAGCAUCUUCCUGCGUCUCCGCCGAUGGUCGAGAAUUAAGCUCUCCCCUGUGUCACGAUGGAAGAAGUGAGGAAGACCGCUGUCCAGAUGCAGAGCCCUAUCAAGACUGAAUGGAAUUCCCGCUGUGUCCUUUUCACCUAUUUCCAAGGGGACAUUAGCAGCGUAGUGGACGAACACUUCUCCAGAGCUCUGGGCAAUGUCAAGAGCCCCCAGGGACUCAGCCCUUCCAGCCAGAGCGGAGAUGUGAUCCUGAGGAAUGAUAGUGACAUGCCUCCAAAUCAGUGGCGUUUCUCUUCUCAGUGGACAAAGCCACAGCCGGAAGUAUCUUUUGCAAAUGGUGCCGCCAGCUGCAGCUUGAGUGGAUCUGGUCCCAUGGCUAUGGAUCAGUAUCCAGUGUCCCUGACCGGGAGCCCUUCCAUUCAGCCUGGCGAGCUGAGGCAUUUCUCCUCCCCCGCCAGCUCCAGCUUCCCAGAGCCUGGCUACCCUCAUGCCUUUUCCACUGGGCACUUGGUUCCAGAGCCCCAGCCUGAUGGGAAGUAUGAGCCCCUCCUAAGUCUCCUCCAGCCAGAGAGAUGCCUAACCCGUCCUCAGGAAUCUGCCUCGUGGGAGGAUGGCUACUCUGCCCAGACGUCCGGAAGCAUGGGAUUGCUCUUCAACCUGCCUUCCGGCUCAGCCCACUUUAAAAAAAUCUAUUUCCCCCCUGAUGGUGGACCUGCCAGUGCCAGCCUUGCAGUUGAAAAAAGCCAGUCUCCAGAGAGAAGAAAAGAUCUGUUCUUUUACUGAACUCCGGUUUAAAGAAGAGAAUUCCUUUUUCCAAACCUGCUUAUGGUUUUCUACUGGGAAUCCAGAGGGUCUAGAGACAUCGCCGUCCUUAUCUCUUUCUGCCACAAAAGAGCACUGAAUCCAAAGCAAGUUUCUGUUCUCCCUGAAAUUCUAUACUUUUCCUUGGCACCUAUGCCCCAUGUUAGGUUUUGGUUUUUUUUUUACCUUUUUAAGCAUAUAAGAUGGUUAAAAGAGAUGUUCAGUGGUGGGGAGCAUAGAGGCUCACACCCCCUGCACCCACUGCCCUCCUACUUAGAAAUCAGCCGCCUUACCCUCCAUCAGCUGGGUCUUCCACAUCAAGACUGACGGCGUGGUACCCGAUGGGGUUGUCCCACUCUUCCAACUGAAUAGAGGUUCCAGGAACAGCCUGACACUUUCUAGCCUUAACCAGACUAUUUCCAUCUUCCCUCUUGCCUCUACAAAAAGCAAAAUGGAAAUGGAGUGGGCCAGACCCACUGAGAGUGGCUGGAGUCUGAAAGGAAGCUGAAAAGGUCUCAGGCUGGGCCUGAUGAAUGAGAUAGUCACUCGGAAAAAUUGAUCCCUCAGUUCUAAAAAAGUGAUUCCAAAUAGAAUGGCUGAGCAAUCUGAGAAGUAACUUGCAAGUAGUUAGUAAGCAAACCACCCUAUCCCA